GUAGGAUAACACACCGCCAAGGCUUUGAGAAAACAUUCACAUACCCACACAUAUACAGGGAGAUACUGGACUGCGCUAUAACCUCUCCACCUGUCUGUCUGUCAGGCAAACAGUAUCGGAUAUACAGUAUAAAUUCUCCUGGAUGGACUAUUAACUUCUUUACUAUGAUGCUCCGGUCGUCUCAGGAGAAUUUCAGCCUCAGUUAUACCCAAGUAAAAUGGAGGAUAGUUUUGAUUGUGACUGUGGCGAGCUUGAGCCACCUGAUCACUGAGGGUGAAAAAUUACAUUGAAGACUUAAAGGCCAGACGCAUUUCAGUUUUAUAGAUCAGAUGCCUUGACAGGAAAAGUACACAGACACAGAUAAGUACAUAUUUAAAAAUAAAAAGAAGAAGAAAAGUGCAUUUAGGCACAUUUCACAUGACGCUGCUCAGGACCAGUCAUACACUGAAUGUAUCUGCACUGUGAGGAUGCAACUACAGGCUUUUAUAGUUUAACAUAGUGACAGUGCUUUUUAAUCAGCCCCAAAGUUCAUUCCAUUGCAGUCUAAAAACACUAGUCUACAAAGAACUGCUCAUUUAAAGAUAUCCACACAUCCGGGAUUGGAGGAGGAAUUCAACUUAAAUACUUACAUUUUCUCUCCUUAUUCAAGAUGGAAAGAAAGUUUGACUACACAUUAGUGCCCCGCAUCUGACAGUGACGGCUGGACAGGGGGGACUCGGUAGUCGUCUGUACAGGGGUCAGUUAGCUCAGCCUUUGAAGCGGUGGGGCAAUUGUCCUUUAAAUUCCUCUGUUGGUGUUAAAGUUGGACUUGAGACAGGCCAGAGACCAAACGUUAGAGAUAGCAGCAGCUUGGAGUCAGAGCCUAAAACGGUCGUCAUGGCAGAGAAGUUUGAGUCACUGAUGAACAUCCAUGGCUUCGACCUGGGUUCUCGCUACAUGGACUUGAAGCCUCUGGGCUACGGAGGGAACGGCCUGGUGUUCUCAGCAGUUGACACUGACUGUGACAAGCGUGUAGCUGUGAAGAAAAUUAUCUUGACUGACCCCCAGAGUGUGAAGCAUGCCCUGCGAGAAAUCAAGAUUAUCAGACGCCUCGACCAUGACAACAUUGUCAAGGUGUUCGAGACACUGGGCCCCAGUGGUCGCAGGCUAACAGAGGACGUGGUGUCCCUGACAGAGGUCAACUCUGUCUACAUUGUACAAGAGUAUAUGGAGACGGACCUGUGUCAGCUGCUGGAGAGGGGCCUUCUGUCUGAGGGCCAUGCCAGGCUCUUCAUGUACCAGCUCCUCAGGGGCCUUAAAUACAUCCACUCUGCCAAUGUGCUGCACCGCGACCUCAAGCCUGCCAACCUGUUUGUCAACACAGAGGACUUGGUACUGAAGAUCGGGGACUUUGGACUGGCCCGAAUCAUGGACCCUCACUACUCUCACAAGGGCCAUCUCUCUGAAGGUCUGGUCACCAAAUGGUACAGAUCUCCUCGCCUGCUGCUCUCUCCUAACAACUACACCAAAGCCAUCGACAUGUGGGCCGCUGGCUGCAUCUUUGCUGAGAUGCUCACGGGGAAAACCCUGUUUGCAGGAGCCCAUGAACUGGAGCAGAUGCAGCUGAUCCUGGAGUCCAUCCCCGUACUGCGAGAGGAAGACAGGCAGGAGCUCCACAGCGUCAUCCCCGUCUUCAUCCGCAACGACAUGUCCAAGCCUCACACACCACUGGCCAAGCUGCUGCCUGACGUCAGUCCCCAGGCCCUGGAUUUCCUGGAGAAGAUCCUGACCUUUAACCCCAUGGAUCGCCUGACUGCGGAGGAGGCUCUGGCCCACCCCUAUAUGGCUGACUACUCCUUCCCCCUGGACGAGCCUGUCUCUCUGCACCCCUUCCACAUUGAGGAUGAAGUAGAUGAUAUCCUGCUCAUGGACCAGAGCCACAGCCACACCUGGGACAGGUAUCACGAGAGCCAGCUGUCAGAGGCGGACUGGCACUUGCACAGCACCCACGACCCAGACGAAGUUCAGGUUGACCCAAGGGCACUCUCUGAUGUAACAGACGAGGAGGAGGUCCAGGUGGAUCCUCGUAAAUAUGCUGAUGGAGAUCGGGAGAAGUUCCUGGAUGAGCCGUCCUUCGACUACUCCAGUCUGUUUCCGCCAGAGCGAUCCUGGCAGGACGACCACCACGAGAACAAAUACUGUGACUUGCAGUGUAGCCACACCUGUAACUACAAGGCCGUGUCGCCCUCCUACCUGGACAACCUCAUCUGGAGGGACAGUGAAGUCAACCACUACUAUGAACCCAAGCUCAUCAUCAACCUCUCCAACUGGAAGGAGCAGCAGAGCAAGGAGAAGGCCGACCGCAAGGCCAAGAGCAAGUGUGAGAAGAAUGGGCUGGUGAAGGCCCAGAUCGCUCUGCAGGAGGCAGAGAAGACCCAGAGUCCGGUGGAGAAGGACAGAGAGCAGGAAAAACACCAGACAGAGAAGCCUCAAGGCCAGCAGAACCAAGGCUUUGACUUCGACUCCUUCAUUGCCAGCACCAUUAAACUGAGUCUGCAGCCGGAGCCCUGUCAGGAGGUGGCCUUGCUCAGUGAAGUGGGCCUCCUGAACGAGCUCAACUCUUCCGUCUCCCAGCUGGAGGCUCCCCGCUCAGGCUCCAUGUCCAAGUCCAUAAGUCAGGAGAAGGAGGAGAAGUGCCUGGUAAACCUCGCCCAGUUAGGUGGAGGAGGGUUUGGAGUCAGCGGCGGGGACAGUGCCUGGCCCUCUCACCCCUGGGAGAGCUUCGGCUCUGGGGAGAGAGUCGGGGACAACGGCUGUUUGAUAGAUGAGGCGUGCUGGGACAUUCGCAAAGAGGACCACUUCCAGAAGGAGAGCACUUACACCAGCUACCUGGACCGCCUGUUCAGCCGGAAGGAAGAGGGGGCCGGAGAGACUGUGGCCAGCCCAGAGACGGAGCCCUCGGAGGGGAGAGAACUGGACGAGAGCUUCCUCGGCAGGAACACAGAGAUUGUGCUUAAUGUGCAGCUGGACUCUCUGGCCCUGCCUGGCUUUGACAGCACUGAUGACUUGCCUCUAAAAUCCAUCCAGGCCUCCCUCACCCCCUGCACUGUCAAAUGCUCCCCACAAAUUGCCCACAAAACAUACAGCAGCAUCUUCAAGCAUCUUAAUUAAAGAAAUAUAUCCUCCCUCACAGUGCAAAAUCUAGACAGUUUUGUUUUUAUGUUUUUUAAUAAUAUGGUAUAUUAUUGUACUUGAAUCAUUUCAUACCUUUUUUUUUUAUUAUGGUUACUUUUAAUUAUUAUUUUUUUGUUUAGUUUUUCUUUUUUUAAGACUUGAGAGCGGUGAUUUAUUAUAUUUAAAGAGUUGUGGUCAUCACUCUGAGCCUUGAUCACCAGGCCUUCACAUGGGUUAAUGUCUACACCCUCAUUGCUAAACUGGCAUGUCACUCGCACACUUAAGUACUGUAGAUGAACAGAGAGCAGGAGAGCAGCGAAGUAGCUGGAGGAAAAAUGGAUAGGAGGGGCGGAUUUAAGAGAUGAGGUUUGGCUGUUUGGGUGUGACAUAAAGAAGGAUGGUAGACGCUAACAUUGCUGUAGGCUUUUAAAGUGCUUUCAAACAGCCUUUCCUGGGAUGGGAUACACAAGGAAAAAAAGGGGAUGGGGUGUCCUUUUUCUUUUUCUUUUUUCUUUUUUGACUUUAUAACAUUUUUUCCCCAAAGAAAGCUUCCUUAACAACCCUUUCAUACUGUAAAUCUGACACAUGAUGCCAGCAGCAACCAUUAUCGUAGGCGUUAAUGUAAAUGUGUUAUCUACCUCAAGGUAACAGCCGCGAGAGACACUCGAAGCCGCACUAGUGCUUUACACACAUGACCAUCCUCAUACCAUGAAAUGAAGUGGUCGCGUAGAUGAAAUCUGUCUCACUUUAGCAUUUAACAUAGUGAGGUGUUUCAGUAAUCAUUAUUUAUUUCUAGCAGAUGUGCGAUAUUUAUUUUAUCAAAAUGUGUUAUUUCAAUGUGAUUAUUGAAGAUUGAGGAGUUGGACAGACUUCCAUUUUCAUUUCGGCACUAUAUGGGCGUGUAAGUGUUCCUUUGUUUUAUGGUAGGAAUGCAAAUUCAUCUUAUGUUCAAAAAGAAGUUGAGGCUUUCCAUUUCCCAUCAAUAUUGUCCUAAUGGAUAUCAUUCUUUCUGUUCAUUUUUUUUGUUUUUGUUUUUAUUUAUAGGUGCGUUCUGUUUUUAGUGGAAAAACUGCUUUAUGGUUUAAAGAAGCACCUAAAAGUCUUAAUUUUUUAUCUAAAUGUAAUGUAAAAAAAAUGCGUGCAUGGAAGCAAGAGAAAGGUACAUUAAAAGUAAAGUUAAUGGUGAGUAUAAUGUACAUCAGUUUUAAUUGUACGUUUUUUUGUUAAAUUUCUAUGUACUUUUUCCAGGCAAGCAUGAUGAAUUAGGUUAAGGUGUAGCAUGUAGAACACUUAUGGACUCUUUUUUUUUUUGUAAUCAUUGGUUCCCCUGUUCUACAAAA